AUGUCGGGUCCGGAGGAGGCCAAUCAUGAUGAGAUUGCUGAACAAAACGCUGCAACAACACAGCCACAAGUACAAAGUUGUCAGAUGUUUAUGUCCAAUGUGCCACUUCCGCACAAUCUGAGCGUGAAAGGAAACCUUGCAAAGAAUUGGAAACAGUGGAAACAGGUAUGGAAAGCUUACGAAACUGUCACUGAUUUAGCCAAGAGAGACAGUUCUUAUAGAGUAGCAACGUUUAUAACAUGUAUUGGAUCCGAAGCACUCCAAAUACAUAUGGGAUUGCCGUUUGCAAGCGACGAGGAGAAAAAUGAUAUCACUACAGUGAUGAAGCUUUGGGACGAUUAUUGUCUCGGUAAGACCAAUGUCAUUUAUGAGAGAUAUAAAUUCAACAACCGAGCCCAAGAGCAGAAUGAAACUAUUGAUGAAUAUGUAACAAGUCUACGCUCCUUAGUAGAGACAUGCGAAUUUCAAAGUUUAAAAGACGAUUUAAUUCGCGACAGAAUUGUCUGCGGAAUUCGUGAUAAUGGCGUGCGGCGGAAGUUGCUGCAAGAAUCUAAGCUAACUCUGGAGAGAUGCGUUGAUGUGUGUCGAGCAGCAGAAGCGACGAAAAAUCAACUCAAGGAUAUAGCUAACGUCCAAGGGGCAGAAUCACCAAAUGAUAGCGUCUACAAAACCGAUACUCAAAAUCAACAUAAAGCAAACAAAUGGGAUUCCCGGAAAACUAGAGAUGGGAAAGGCUGCAAGUAUUGUGGUAAACAGCACGAGAAUAUCAAAGAGAAAUGCCCUGCAUUCGGUAAAAUCUGUGCCAGGUGUGGCAAGCAGAAUCAUUUUGCUGCCAAAUGUAGAAGCAAGCCACUUGUUGACCACAGAAACGUGAAUAAUCUUAGUGACAGCUCAGAAGAGGAAUUGUUUACUGUUUCUGCUGGCGACAACACCAAAAGUGGAAAUGCCAACUUUGACAAGAAGAUUUAUGCAACCAUGGAGAUCAGCGGGAAGCCAGUUAAAAUGCAAGUUGACUCUGGUGCUACUUGCAAUAUCCUCCCAAAACACCUUUUACCACCAAACACAGAGAUCCAAAAGAAAGCUAAAGAGCUCAUCAUGUACUCCAAGAUCAAAAUGACAACCUUGGGAACAGCAAAAGUAAGUUUUCGCAAUCUUAAGAACAGUAAGAAGUAUCGAGCAGAAUUUGUGAUCAUUGAGGGAAAUUAUACACCAAUCAUAGGAGCCAAGGCUGCUCAGCAAAUGAACUUGAUUGUUGUUCAAAAACAGAAUAUUUUACAUGUAAGCACAGAAGAUGUUGCCAAAUUGCCUACUGAACAUAAUCUGACUAAGCAAGAAAUACUAAGCGAGUAUUCUGAUGUUUUCAAUGGCCUGGGAAAGAUGGAUGGCAAAUUGCAUUUUUUAGUUGAUGAAUCGGCCAAACCUGUUGUCAUGGCCCCACGGAGAGUGCCCAUUGCAGUAAAAGAAAAGCUGAAAGCAGAGUUGGAUCGACUCGAAAUGAUGGGAGUGCUUACAAAGCAAGAAGCACCAACCAAGUGGGUAUCUAGUUUAGUUGUCACUGAGAAGGCUAAUGGUCAAGUCAGAGUCUGUAUCGACCCCCAGCACCUUAACAAGGUACUGAAACGAGCGCACUACCCCCUGCCGGUAAUUGAAGAAGUUCUUCCAGAGUUAGCCAAUGCUCGAGUUUUCAGUAAAGUUGACCUGAAGGACGGUUUUCUACAAAUUGAACUUGAUGAUGAGUCAAGUGAGCUGACAACCUUUCAAACACCCUGGGGCCGUUAUCGCUGGCUUCGACUGCCCUUCGGAGUUGCCCCAGCCCCUGAAAACUUUCAGCAAAAGCUUGAUCAGAACUUAGAGGGACUGAAAGGUGUGUAUAAGAUCGCAGAUGAUUCUCAUCAUUGGCCAGGGACCCAACUCAGAGAAAGAUCAUGA